GUCUUGCCUCCAAGAGUGAACACAGAGUGCCUCCUCGACAUCAUGCGAAAGGAGCGGUACAUAGUGCGUAUGUUCAAUUAUGUUCUGUUCCGCGCCGAGGGAAGGGCGGACGACGAAUGGAACGACGCGUUCUUCAUGUCGUACAAGGACCUUGAAGACAGGUAUGGGCCAAACGGUCUGUGCGCUGCUGAAUGGGAAAAGGAACGGGACAAGUUACAUGUCAAUAAGGUGAAGAUGGUCCCUCGACGACUUGGAGGAGUGGAGGAGGCAAGGCAAGGCGCGGGCUUGGGGCCUACAGCGGCAAUGUAUAAGGAGGCUCCGUUUCACCUUAAGGUCUUCAUAUACACUGCAAUCGAUAAGCUCGAUUUGCUUCGCGCCGAGGUGAAACGGAUCGCCUCCAGCGCGCGUCAUAUUGUGUGGGACAAGAUUGGCAAACAAACGACGUUGCUACCUGUGUGCAUGCCAUCGAAGGAAGUGUUGGCAGCGCCAGACGACAUCGUCGCUGCAGCGCAAAAAAUGACAUGCAGGGCCGCCAUCGUGGACAUCCCAUCCUCGAACUUCAGCACGGCGUGGACCUCUCACGAAUUUGAUGCCUUGCACACAUUGAUGACCAAGUGUUGUGGCCAAAUUUGGGUCUUUUUCUUCUUUGCGCCGCAGAAGGUGCAAAGCGAUGUUCUGCGUCACUUGUUCCGCUGGGAGGACGUCGAAGUCAUCCCCGGUACCUGGAAACGGGUGGACAGGUCACCGAACGACAUCACACGAUACGGGAAUAUGGCUACGACGAGUCAAGAUAUGAUAGUCAUUGUCCUGCACGCCGAUGGAGGGGAUCUGAAAAAAGUAACUGUCAGCGGGACCUCGCACGAUACGGCAAUAUGGCUACGACCUCGCAACCGAGCACGUUGUGGAGGAGAAGUUCGGGAAGUGUCAAGAGAGGCGGAAGGUGUGCUUUUGUUGGGUAGAGCACACGCAGGUCUUGUGUGGGAGUUAUUACUGGCAGGUAAUAAUGUCCUUGCCUGCGACGAGUCGGCCAAGGACAUUGCAUAUCUGACAAAGUUCGUCGAUAAACUUGUGAAGGAUGAGAGAUUCGCGUGUCAUGUCGAGAAGCCACGUUGCAAACAUCGUAGCAACAAGGACAUGUUCCACAAGUUGGGACGCAAGAGACUGAAGGUGUGGGAAUACCUGUUCCGCAAUGCGCCGCAAGGACGGCUUGACGGGAAUUACAUCUACAGGAAAGCAAAGGUGACAGAGACCCUGAAACAUUAUCACGGUGCUUUUACUCGCGCCUUUGAGACUUUUGUCGCUCGAUGUGAGAUCCUGAAGUUCGAUCUUCAUAAAGACCAGCUGAUGUCCAAGGACUACGCUGACCUCGCGAAAUCGGGUGAUGGCUUUAACCCCGUCGACAGCGCGGAAGACUCUUCGGGGUCCGACCUCGAAUUGGGCGAUGGCAAGGGUGUUGAAGGUCCGGGCGGUGGCAUGGUGCGGUCACACGAUGAAGGGACCGUUUGCUCGCAUGAAAGACCCGUACAGGUGGCUGCCCCCAGUGUUGGCUCGAUGGUGGCCCCCAUGGAGGGCACCGGUUUGCCAAACAYGGGAAUAUGUGGUCCCAAUGAUGAAGAUGACAUUGAUAUGCCAGGCGAGGCGUCGAAGCUCGCACCAGGCGAUCCAAUUCCUCCCGGCUAUUGGCAGAGGGAGGAUGACGGGAGUAAUGUGGUGAAGACUCAAGAGGUUCACAUGACGUCUAUGCCACAAAUCUCCGUCGACACGACAGAACCGUCCAAACGCAUGAAUGUGUCAAAUGCAUUGUCGUCAGAUGCAGGUGCCACGUACGGGGGUUUAUUACUGACAUCCGCCGCAUUAGAAGGCACAUCCGAAAUGCAGUCAGAGUCAGGUGUUGGCCUGAGCGUGCCGGACAGUCAGUUGCAACCAGAGUUAUGCACAGGCAAAGGUGAUGCACAAGUACAUCUGACACCACAGGGAGGGGCCGUUGCGGAUGGUGGGAAGGGAGAGGAUGUGGAGGGAAUCCUCCAUCCUCGCAAUCUUGAGACCUUAACCGAUGAUUUCGAUUAUGGGGGUGAGGGUGGAAAUGACGUGGUCAAUAUGAGGGGAGUGUGAAAUGAUCGGUGAGGCGGGAUGGGGGCCAUGGAGAGGGAGAAACCAACGAUAUGAUUACAAUGUUAUUCUUUUCUUUGUUAAUUGAAAUCGCACAAUUGACUCGU